GGUUUUGAUGAGAGGCGCAGCCAUGUUGCGGCGUCGGCUCAUGGCGUGGGUGUCCCGCGUGGGCGCUGUGCUGGUGCUCCUGUGCUGCUCCUUGUCCCUCCUCUAUGUGAUGACCUGCAGUCCCCCGCACUCAGACGACCGGCCGCUCAGUCGCGUCUUACCCCACGCCGGUGCCAAUCAGCUCACCCUGGGUGGCACGAGGCCCGGGGUGGUGGAAGAUGUGGCCGGGACAGGGCGAGCUGCUCAAAGUGCGAGACCCCCGGUGGUCCACUCCUACCAGGCGCUACUGCAAGAGCGUGAGGAGCAGCACCGGCUGCACAUCUCCUCCCUGAAGAAGCAGAUCGCUCAGCUCAAAGAAGCAUUGCAGGAGCGCAGCCAGCAGCUCAAAGGUGUCCAGGACGGCCUGAAGAUGGCCGUCGCCGGGGGACCGGCAGAGGAGCACGAACCGCAGGCGGGCGAUCUCGGAGAUGCCCCUGGACCAAAAGGCCAGCAGGCGGACCUCCAGGACUUCCUGAGGAGCCAGCUCUCCAAAGCAGAGGUGACAACUGGGGCCAGGCUACCCAGCGAAUAUGCGGUGGUGCCCUUUGAGAGCUUCACCCUGCAGAGAGUCUACCAGCUAGAGAUGGGCCUGACACGUCACCCUGAGGAGAAGCCCGUGAGGAAGGACAAGCGGGACGAGCUGGGCGAGGUCCUGGAGACCGCCCUCCACAACCUCAACACGCCGUCAGCCCAGCUGGAUGGAAAGAGUAGCAAAGUCUACACGCCGUCUGACUUUAUAGAAGGCAUCACGCGCACGGAGAAGGACAAAGGGACAGUGUACGAGCUGACCUUCCGAGGGGAAUCCAGUCGGGAAUUCCGCCGCCUGGUCCUCUUCCGCCCCUUCGGACCCCUGAUGAAGGUGAAGAGCGAGCGGGUCGACACGGAGGACCUGGUCAUCAACAUUGUGCUGCCGCUAUCCCGACGUACCGACAAGUUCAAGCAGUUCAUGCACAACUUCAGGGAGGUGUGUGUCCGUCAGGACGGCCGCGUCUACCUCACGGUGGUCUAUUUCGGGAAGGAACAGGUGAACGAGGUCCGGAGUAUUCUGGAGAACACGUCCAGGGAGGCCAACUUCAAAAACUACACCCUCCUCCAGCUGGAUGAGGACUUCUCCCGAGGUCGGGGUCUAGAUGUCGGGGCGCGAGCGUGGAAGGGUGGCAACGUGCUGCUCUUCUUCUGCGACGUGGACAUCUAUUUCACCGCAGACUUCCUCGGAUCGUGCCGACUCAACACAGAGUCCGGUAAAAAGGUCUUCUACCCGGUGUUAUUCAGCCAAUACAACCCCAAAUUGAUCUACGGUGGACCGGAACACAUCCCGCCAGUGGAGCAACAGCUGGUGAUGAAGAAAGACACAGGCUUCUGGAGAGAUUUUGGAUUCGGCAUGACCUGCCAGUACCGCUCCGACUUCAUCAACAUCGGAGGUUUCGACAUCGACAUAAAGGGCUGGGGCGGUGAGGACGUGCACCUGUACCGGAAGUACCUGCACAGCAACCUCCUGGUGGUCCGGGCCCCGACGCGCGGCCUUUUCCACCUGUGGCACGAGAAGCACUGCGCCGACGAGCUGGCGCCGGACCAGUACCGCAUGUGCAUGCAGUCCAAGGCCAUGAACGAGGCCUCGCACGGACAGCUCGGCAUGCUCUUCUUCCGCAGGGACAUUGACGCGCACCUGCGAAAGCAAAAGUUGCAACAACACGACGUCAAGAAGACAUGAAGGCCGACAAAUACUGUACUGCAGUACAAAUGGCCGCACACGUGAUAUUUAUGGUUUUAUAUGCUGGGAAGAAAAAAUACCUCACGGAUGGACAGUGAACGACAGGUGAGGAAAAAAAAACAAAGAAUUUCCUCCCAAGCCUCCAAACAUUUUUAUAUAACUUAUUGCCUAUCCUGUCAUCAUCACGCCUGUAUUUAUGUUGUAUGAUGUAAAUAGCAAUGUGUAGAAUUAUUAUUAUUAAGGUGUUCAUUUUUAUCCUCAUGCAUUUUAAGUCUUUCGGCAAAAUUUAACACAAGGAAGAAACUUGCCGUUACUCGUUUUAUUGUAUUUUUCAGUGUCAUUUGUAAAUAUUAUUGACGUUGACUCAAAUCAGAGUUGUUCAAACGCAAGCUUGCGGACCAAAGUGGGCUUCGGGUCCAUUUUUAGGGAGGGAGAUAAAAAAAAAAAAAUCUGUAAGCUUUUUAUUGAUCAUAUCCAUCCAUGCAUUCAUUUUCUUUUGCUGGUUAUCCUCACGAGGAUCGCGGGCAGCGCUGGAGUCUAUCCCAGCUGUCAACGGGCAGGAGGCCGGGUACACCCUGAACUGGUUGCCAGCCAAUCGCAGGGCACAGAGACAAAGAGUCGCACUCACAAUCACACCUAGGGGCUAAUUUUUUUUUCAGU